CAAGCUGCUUGGGUCACAUGGCCCGGGUUUCUAUUGAAACCAGUGAGAAGAGGCUUGAAGCUCAGCCUUUAGCCCAUGUUUUUGGAUGCCAAUGGCAGCAACAUGAGUGGAGCCCAACAGGAGCGAGCAAUGACAGCAGACAGCCUCCACCUGAACGGGACCACGGCUUUGGGUCUGCACGACGAGGAGACGAACACAGCUCUGUUUGAGUUCAAAGUGUUUAACAUUGUCAUCAUUGCUCUGGCCUUGUGUAUCCUCACUGUCACUGGCCUGUACUGCAUCACUGUCUGCUACAACCGCACCAGGCAGUCAAAGCGAGCCCAUGUGUAUGAGAGUGCAGUGACACGCGGGGAGCCAGAGGACCCUGUGGCGGUUAAAGCUGUGAAGCGGUCGACCAGCUUCAUCAACCCUCUCGCCUUCUUCAGGAAGCCGGAGGCAGCAAAGGACAACUCCAGGAUCUACUACAUCUACAGUAACCCACUGCCUGUAGGGGUGAAGGAGGAGGACGAGGAGAUUAAAGUCCCACAGAGACCACAGGAGCAAACUGCUCUGUCACUGCCCCUGUCAUUUCAAGAGUAUGCCAGCGAUCCAAACAGCGGUGUGAUCCUUGACCCUCCGAUAUUUUACAUGCAGCUUUAGA